AUGUCAAACCAAGUAGUCACCCCUCUGAAUAAGUCUUCCGGGAAGGCCAUUCCAGCUGAUGCGUACGAGGCUACUGGGUUAUCGAUAGAUUGGGAAGGCAGACACGGCCCGACUGAUGUGGCCGAGCAUUUUAUUGAUCCGUCAUCCUUCAUUAACACAUCGGACGAUGAUGUUCUCAAUAAUGGCGUAUAUAUUACUUGGAUGAGCGAAACCGAGGCUUUAUCGGCAUGCUACAUCAUGGGUCUUAUAGAAGAUUCUAGUAGGUCCUCCGAAUUGCCUUAA